AUGAGUCAAGAAUAUGAUGCUACUCAAGAUCCUUAUGACGAUGGGAACUAUGGUAUGGAAGAGGAUGAAGAGUUUGAAGAUGACGACAUAACACAAGAGGACAGCUGGGCUGUCAUUACGAGCUUUUUCGACCAGAAGGGUCUCGUCCGACAGCAACUCGACUCCUUUGACGAAUUUGUCCAAAAUACCAUGCAAGAGCUCGUCGAUGAAAACGCCGACCUCAUUCUGGAUCAAGCCGACCAACAUACAGGGCACGAUACAGACAUGACCCGUCGAUACGAAAUCCGUUUCGGACAAAUUUACCUGUCGCGUCCGACUGUUACUGAGGCCGAUGGCUCCGUUGUCCCCGUCUUCCCUCAAGAAGCCAGACUGCGCAACCUUACGUAUUCUGCGCCAUUGUACAUCGAGAUGAAGAAGAAGGUCAUGAUUGGUCGCGAGGAUCCUGAUGGCGUGCCCGGAGACAUAGCCUGGGAGGCAGAGCAUGAGGAGACGACAGACGACACAACGAAAGUCUGGAUUGGCAAGGUUCCCAUCAUGCUUCGGUCGACGUUCUGCAUCUUGCGUGGCCUUCAAGACCAGGACUUGUACGAUCUUAACGAAUGCCCUUAUGACUCUGGGGGUUACUUCAUUAUCAACGGCUCCGAGAAGGUGCUGAUUGCUCAAGAACGUAUGGCCACGAACCACGUCUACGUCUUUGCAAAGGCGCAGCCCUCACCCAUCAACUUCCUCGCUGAGAUUCGUAGUGCGGUGGAGAAGGGAGGAAAGACUAUCAGUCAAUUCCAAGUGAAGAUGUUCCAUAGGAAUCAGGAGCGCUCGCUUGGAAACGUCAUGAAGGCGACCAUUCCGUAUAUCAAGGUCGACAUACCAAUCUGGGUCGUUUUCCGUGCACUCGGCGUUAUCUCAGACCGUGACAUCCUGGAGCACAUUUGCUACGACAUGCAGGAUUCUCAGAUGUUGGAGCUGCUAAAACCCUGUAUCGACGAUGGUUUCGUCAUUCAAGACCGAGAGGUUGCAUUGGACUUCAUUGGCAAUCGUGGAACCACGACUGGUUUGUCGCGCGAGCGACGUAUCCGAUAUGCGCAAGAAAUCCUGCAGAAGGAGAUGCUGCCCCACAUUUCGAUGUCAGAGGGUUCAGAGUCGAAAAAGGCUUAUUUCUUCGGUUAUAUGAUUCAUCGUCUUCUGCUUGCCGCCCUGGAGAGACGAGAGUUGGACGACCGUGACCACUUCGGAAAGAAACGUCUCGAUUUGGCUGGUCCCUUGCUCGCGAACCUGUUCCGUAUGUUGUUCAGGAAGUUGACGAAGGAUGUAUAUCGCUAUCUCCAGAAGUGCGUCGAGACGCACAAGGAGUUCAAUCUCGCCCUCGCUGUCAAGCAUCAGACCAUCACAAAUGGUCUCAAGUAUUCUUUGGCUACCGGAAACUGGGGCGACCAAAAGAAGUCGAUGUCUUCCAAAGCUGGUGUGUCGCAGGUACUCAACAGAUACACGUAUGCUUCAACACUAUCGCAUUUGCGCCGUUGCAACACGCCUUUGGGACGAGAAGGUAAAAUUGCUAAGCCUCGUCAACUUCACAAUACCCAUUGGGGUAUGGUAUGCCCUGCGGAAACGCCGGAAGGUCAAGCUUGCGGUUUGGUCAAGAAUUUGGCCCUUAUGUCGUGUAUAUCCGUCGGAACGAUAUCCGCGCCUGUCAUUGAGUUCUUGGAGGAGUGGGGCUUGGAGUCUCUCGAGGAAAAUGCCCAUUCGUCGACGGCUUUCACCAAGGUUUUCGUAAAUGGUGUUUGGAUCGGCGUUCACCGUGAUGCUGCCAACCUCGUCAAGACCCUCAAGAAGCUGAGGAGAAAGGACGAUAUCAGCCCCGAAGUGUCAGUCGUGCGGGAUAUCCGAGAGAAGGAAUUGCGUGUGUACACGGAUGCUGGCCGUGUUUGUCGACCUUUGUUCAUCGUCGAAAACCAACGGCUCGCCAUCCAGAAGAGGCAUAUUAGAUGGCUCCGGAAUGGCGUCAACGACGAUGGAGAGGAGUUCAAAUGGGAGCACCUUGUCAAAGGUGGUGUCAUCGAACUCCUGGAUGCUGAGGAAGAGGAAACUGUCAUGAUCGCUAUGGAACCGUUAGACUUAGAGAACUCGCGGCUUCAGCAACAGGGUGUUGAUCCUUUCGAGAAGAAAGAUAUGGAUAACGAGGAGUAUGAUAUCUCUGCGCGACUCAAGGCGCCUACCCAUACCCACACUUGGACGCACUGCGAGAUUCAUCCCAGCAUGAUUCUUGGCAUCUGUGCCAGCAUCAUUCCUUUCCCAGAUCACAAUCAAUCUCCUCGUAACACAUACCAAUCUGCUAUGGGUAAACAAGCCAUGGGUAUCUACCUCACCAAUUUCUUGAUUCGCAUGGACACGAUGGCGAACAUCCUGUACUACCCCCAAAAGCCUCUGGCGACCACACGUUCCAUGGAAUACCUCAAGUUCCGAGAACUUCCUGCUGGCCAAAACGCUAUUGUCGCCAUUCUUUGUUACAGUGGCUACAACCAGGAAGAUUCCGUCAUCAUGAACCAAAGCUCUAUCGAUCGUGGUCUCUUCCGCAGUAUUUAUUAUCGCAGUUACAUGGACCUCGAGAAGAAGAGCGGAAUUCAGCAGCUCGAAGAAUUCGAGAAGCCAACGAGAGAAAACACCCUUCGACUCAAGCAUGGCACAUACGACAAGUUGGAGGAUGAUGGGCUCAUUGCUCCUGGAACUGGUGUUGCUGGCGAAGACAUCAUCAUCGGGAAGACGGCACCUAUCCCCCCUGAUAGUGAGGAACUUGGACAACGCACACGGACUCAUACACGUCGCGAUGUCUCUACUCCUCUGAAAAGUACUGAAAGCGGCAUCGUCGACCAAGUGCUUAUUACCACCAACUCCGAAGGCCAGAAGUUCGUGAAAGUACGUGUGCGGUCCACACGUGUUCCUCAAAUUGGAGACAAGUUUGCCUCGCGUCACGGUCAGAAGGGUACGAUUGGUAUCACGUAUCGGCAAGAGGACAUGCCUUUCACUGCAGAGGGCAUUGUUCCUGAUCUCAUUAUCAACCCUCACGCCAUUCCAUCUCGUAUGACCAUCGGACACUUGGUCGAGUGUCUUCUGUCGAAAGUUGCCACUCUCAUCGGAAAAGAAGGUGAUGCUACGCCUUUCACAGACCUGACUGUUCAGUCAGUCUCCAGCGUGCUGCAAGACAAAGGCUACCAAUCUCGUGGGCUCGAGGUCAUGUAUCAUGGGCAUACUGGGAAGAAGCUCCAGGCUCAAGUCUAUCUCGGCCCCACUUACUAUCAACGUCUGAAGCACAUGGUAGACGACAAGAUCCAUUCAAGAGCCAGAGGUCCUGUUCAGAUUCUUACUCGACAGCCUGUGGAGGGUAGAAGUCGUGAUGGUGGUCUGCGUUUCGGAGAGAUGGAACGCGAUUGUAUGAUUUCACAUGGCAUAGCAGGUUUCUUGAAGGAGCGGUUGUUCGAAGCGAGCGAUGCCUAUCGCCUCCACGUUUGCGAUAUUUGCGGACUUACGGCCAUUGCAAACCUGAAAAAACAAAGUUUCGAAUGCCGCGCCUGCAAAAACAAGACCGCUUGUUCACAACUCUACAUCCCAUAUGCUGCCAAAUUGCUGUUCCAGGUAACUGGCCCUUUUAAUACAUUCGGGCUGCUUCUAAAGCUGUUGUAG